ACAGCCAAGGCGGCGGCACCUCAAGACCCAUGCACAGUAUAAGUUCCAUUUUUGUGGCCAAAAGUUGCAUUGUUGCACAAAGUGCGCAUCAGAACUACUAACGGAGGUAAAAACUCUACAAAAGUUAAAUGGACAUACUUACUAUAAUGUCGCCUGACGUCGUGAGGGCAAGUGAACCAAGUGGACUAAAAAGCUGAACCGCAAAGCAAGUUCAACAACAUAGAGUCACAAACACCGCUAAGCAAAUAUGUAGACUGCAUUAAGCUAUAAAGUUUGUAAGUCGUAAAUGCAAAAAAAAAAAUAGUAUUUACAACAGCAAACCAAAAGCAUGCGCGUUUUGCAAAAAAGCUAACGCCAGGACACCUGCGCCUUGAACAUAGCUAAAAGCGUCAGUUGCGACCUGCAACAAGUACCACAUAACUGAAAUAUAAAUCACACCAAAAGCAGCUACAUAGCACUAGUUAGAAGCAAAUAGGCAUUGAAGGUUGCUUCUCCCUCCUAUUGCUAACCAGCCACCACAUCACACAUUAUCUCCGACGGUCUGUGGUUAAGCUGCAAGCACAAAUCCAUAUAUGCCCAUGAAUACCAUCACAGUUGUAGCACGCGUCUUUGUUUUUUACCGUCGUUCGCCUUCUUCACGCCUAACAUCUACAUAUUAUACUCGCAUUACACACGAAGCCACUAAGCAUAUUGGCUUUAUCUCCACCGCCAUGGGUCAGUUUAAAUGUUGCUGCGUGGACACUUUGUGUGGAAUAAGGAGUUUGUUGCCCAUCACCAUCCGGCCCCGGAGUGGAAACGGAAGUGAUACGUUCAUGUUUGCACAAGUUCCACCGUCACUUAAGGCUGCCAAUCAAUUGCUAGGCGCACCCGUUGAACGUGAAAUCAAUAUCGAAUGCAUUGUGAAAGUUUAUCCGGAGCUGUUCGCUGGCUGGUAUCACAAUGAAGUGAUGUGGAUGUCUGCGGAUAGGUAACUUAAACCUGCACAGUAGCAACAAGUAGAAGCUAUCGGAUGCCAUGAUUAACUUGUACACGUGGCAUCUCAACCUGACAAACCUUCAUCUGUCUAAGGCCGAAUUUGGCGCCUAUACGACUACGACUAUACG